AGUAGGGAUCGAGCCGUUAACGGAGCGGUGGAUCACGGACGUGUGAUCACACAUUUCUCCUGAUCAAAAUACCCACCAGAACCCGCGUCAAGUUUAACGACAGUUCCGCGAUAUCUGGAUUACGAUGGCGCACACGGGCGCGUGAGGAGAGCGUUGACGUUCGCUGAAGGUGCUGAAAGCACAGUUUCUUAACUGUGCGUGGGAGUGAAGUUCAGCCUGCAGUUUGUGUGUGAGAUGGAGGGCUUUCCUGUCCACUGACGCUGCAGCACUGCCUUGCAGUCAUGUCUGCAUGCAACACAUUCACUGAACAUGUAUGGAAACCAGGAGAGUGCAAAAACUGCUUUAAGCCCAAGAGCCUACACCGAUCUCCAGAGUCCGCCAAUGAGUGCAAGACGAAUAUCAAUGCCAAACUCACAAACAGCCAGAGGAGCACUUGCUCAUCCCGUGCAGGGCAGGUCCGCCCACCUGUCGCCAAGAAACCUACUAUUGCCGUAAAGCCUACAAUGAUGCUGCCAUGCUCCCCACCAGGAUUGGACUCUGAGGGAAAUGUGCCAAGGCUUGCAGAGGGACCGCAGGUCACCAAGAGCUCACCUUUUACUGUGUGGAACCACAACAGCCUGAAUAGCCCUAGACCUGCAGUGACAAACAACAAUCAAGGCGAGGAUUUGGUCAGGCAAACAGAGGCAUACAGUGCAAUCUCUCUGCAGCCAACUAGCAGCAACAACAAUGGACUGACAGAUGCUAAAGAGAUUGCUGGACUGGGAUCUUCUCCAAGCACAAGUAGAGAUGACUUUUUUGGCAGGAUCUGCAGUUCAUAUCAACGCUCGUUAGAGAGGGGCCUUCCAGCGGCAAGCUGUCUUCAUGCUGGAAGUAGCGUAAGAGGAGCGAUGAAACGGGUUUCCCUCAGUGACAGUACAGAGGUCAUUAGCACUGAGGGAGGGCGUUUCUGCUAUCCAGAAUUCGCUAGCGAUGGUGACGAUGAGGAGGAAGAAAGUGAUGAGGAUGAUGAUGGAGAACAUGACAGUUGGGAUGAAAGUGACGAAGAGUUGCUUGCAAUGGGGAUAAGAAUGCGGGGUCAACCCCGUUUCGCCAAUUUCCGUGCAGCCACUCUGUCCCCAGUUCCUUUUGCUCUAGUGAAAAAGUGGAAUACAGUGCCUCUACGUAAUCGUUCACUGCAACGUUUCUGUGCAGUCGAUUAUGAUGACAGUUAUGAUGAGAUUCUCAAUGGAUACCCAUCUGUUGACUCAAAUGGAGCUCCUGCUCUUCUCUCAUACACUUCUGACCACCAGGGAAGUGGCUUUUUGUCCACUUCUGAGUCCACCACCUCACCUGAGUCCUUGGCAUCUCUUCCUGAAGAAACCUGCACUGGGAGCAGUCGGGGCACUGAUGACCAGAGAAACGGUCUUCCUUUACCACCUAAUAUAGAAACGUCAAGUAGAGGACCAAGUUCUCCAAAAUCCAGUGAAACUCAUAAAGCUGUUCUAGCAAUUCGACUAGAAGAACAAGAUGACAGUCAAAGAGAGGGUGGGGCUCUCCCACAAGCUCUUCCAGGCCAGCCAAUUACAAUCAGCUUUAGCCCAACAGAGGAGCAGGCCAAGCCCUAUCGAGUAGUGAAUCUUGAGAAGGCUCCUAUCUGUAAACCCUAUACAGUGGUUGAUGUGUCUGCCUCUAUGGCCACAAAAGAUAGCACUCAUUUGAGUGAAAUUACUCCAAAGUCAAGCGUUACAGUCGACCCCUGUCCUGUCUCACCCAUCUCCCCUCAGUCCCCCAGAUCUCCCAUAUCGCCUGUGACAUCUCCCUCCAUUUCUUUGUCCCCGCUGAUGCCUCAGUCUCCUAUAGGUUCUUCAUCUGGACUCAGCGGUUUUCGCACAAAACCUGGCAGCAUCCGUUACCAAGAAGUGUGGACGUCUUGCACCAGCCCUCGACAGAAGAUUCCUAAGGUUGAUUUAACAAGUGGCAGUGCUGCUCCAAGACUCAUCAAUCACAAAUCGGCUCCCACAUCUCCCACUGCAGCCUUCGGCUCAGCCCGCACAGUGCCAACUAAAUCCCCCAAUUUGUCUGAGAUUAAAUUCAACAGCUACAACAAUGCUGGCAUGCCCCCAUUUCCCAUCAUCAUCCGUGAUGAGCCUGCAUAUGCACGCAGCUCUAAAAAAGCCGUAAAGGUUCCCAUAGUGAUUAAUCCCAGUGCUUAUGAUAACCUGGCUGUUUACAAGAGUUUCCUGGGGCUCAACGGUGAGCUGCCACAUUCCAAACCUGGCGCUGGAGAGCGAGUGGCCAGCCACACAUAUGAGGAGAUUGGAUCUUCUGAAAGUUCUCAGCCCUCUCCGUCUGAGCAAACACCUCCUCCAAUCAGCGCAGAUUUAACUGCUACCGGGGAAUUGAGGACCAUCACAGUAAAUGAUGGCAAAUACAAGACUACAACCGCUGUUGCAUUCCAUACUGGUAUCCUGAGCUCUAACCCUGCCAUUUUAGCCCAUGGCAGUUUGGAUCGUAUUCGUAACCCCAGCAGUGAGCAACCCCCAGAGGGCAGUAAAGAUUGCCAACUCACAUCAAGUGGAAGUUCAGGUCAGAGAGAGAAAGCAAGUGCUGUCUUGUCUCAGAUUGUGUCUUCAAUUCAGCCGCCGGUUUCUCCACCAGAGUCUCCUGCUGGCCAGAGUAAGACCUGCAGUGCUGAGGAGCUUUAUUCACUGCCACCAGAUGCUUCCAGAGAUACUACUGUUAACAGACCUAAAUCACUCCACUGUUCUGCUGAACCUCACAAAGAGACACCACACAAACUCCUUCCCAAAUCUCAGAGUGCCUCUGCUGCUGUACCACCCACAAGCCCCAAAUCUGAAACAUCCGCUCCAUUCCCUCCAGUGCGGUCUAGCUCUUCUCCUUACCAUUCAAGCAACCUGCUCCAGAGGCACUUUAACUGGACCAGACCUACUGGGGCUAAAUCUACUGAUGGAGAGGCCAGUCCGGGUGCGGAGGGCAGGCGUUCGAGCGAUGGCAACAAACCAAAACGCUGGAUAUCUUUCAAGAGUUUCUUCCGCCGGCGGAAGGAUGAGGAUGAACAGAAAGAGAAAAUGGAGCGGGAAAAGGAAAAAGGGAAGCUGCUGGGAUUGGAUGGGACUGUCAUAACUGUACUGCCUCCUCCACCUUUACAGAGACAGCAGUGGUUUUCAGAGUCCAAGACAGAUGACCCUCUCCAGAAACCCACAAUCAUAUUCACCUACAAAUCGGAGAGUGCCACAGGUGGAGAGGAGGCAGAGCUACGGGUGGAGGAGCGCAAAGAAAGUGUCCCAGCAGAAGGUGGAGCCUCCAGCCUGUCCACUCCACCCAAGAGCAGAGCCAGUCUCCUCAUUAGCAAAGUCAUGAAUCAACUUCCAGUUCAGGAUACUGAGACCUCCUCCGCCACAUCUCUUCCUGCUAAGCUGGAGCUGUCGCCCCUGCGCGAGCCGCCCGCGUCCUGUCCGCCCCCAGCGUCGCCCACCUCAAACAGCAGCAGGCAGGCAGAUCCAGAGGAAGAGGGAAUCGCUUACACCAUCUCACGCUCUCCUGAGUCCAGCAGCUGCAGGGCCACGUACACCAACCUGGGUCAGUCCAGGGCCAACAUGAUCCCCGUUAAACAUCCCAGGCAUCCUAAAGCAUCCGAUGACACUUUAACCUCUGACCCCGAGGUUUCUGAGCUCACCAAUAAAUCCACCCCUCCUCCACUUCCCAAAAAGUUAGUUCCACGUGCUCAAAUAGACCCGUCUGCUGCAGGUAAAGAACUUGCCCCACGGUCCAAAGGAGAGGCCAGACCUGGUGGGACCAGUCUGAGUGUUGCCAAUCCACUCUAUGAUCUCGAGUCCACUUGGGACACAGCCAGUCAGAGCUCCUCGCUCAGUUCAGAGGCACGACAUCCUGAUGAAUCCGGAGACUCUCUGGAGCGUCCUGCGGGUGGACGAAGCCUGUCUUGUUUGACCAGUAGCACCUCCAUGCAAGGAUGUGACCGGCGUGGCUACCGCAGUACAGAGAGUCUGACAGCCCGGACACGAGGCCCUGGGAGACUCACUAAAGGACAGAAACAGAUGCCAUAUAGAGGCAUGGAGAGCUGGGAAGAAGUGGUUGGAAGGAUCCGAGGCCUGCACACGGAUACCCUUCGUAAGUUGGCAACCAGAUGUGAAGAUCGUUUCAUGGCUGGACAAAAAGAUCAUCUUCGCUUCGGGACAGACAGCUGGUCGCACUUCCGAUUGACUGCGGGAAAACCCUGCUGUGAGGCGGGAGAUGCUGUGUACUAUACUGCAUCUUUUGCCAAAGAGCCUCUGAUGAACUACGCUGUCAAGAUCUGUCGAGGUGUGGUGAAGGAGACCCAGCAGCAGUUUUUCCACAGCCUAGCUGUUCGGCAAAGCAUCGCUGUGCACUUCAACAUCCAGCAGGACUGCGGGCACUUUCUGGCAGACGUUCCAGCCCGCCUGCUUCCUUGGGAGCAAAAGGAGGAUAAAGAUGAGCGAGGCGGUACAGAAGGAGGAGAAGAUGAAAAGGAGGAUGCAGCAGGUCCAGGUGGGAAACUCUGCAGUUGUGUUGUAGUGAUCACUCGUGAGGUGCCCUUCCAGACAGUGGCGGAUUUUGUACGUGAAGGUGUGGAGCGGCACGCAAGAAACCCUGAGCUAUAUGAACGACAGGUGUGCCUGCUGCUCUUGCAGUUGUGUGCAGGAUUGGAGCACAUGAAACCCUACCAUGUCACGCAUUGCGACCUGCGCCUCGAGAACCUCCUCCUGGUACACUGUCAGCCUGGAAACCCUUGGAACCUGGAGCUCCUGGAACCGAACAACAACACCGCAUCCGGAUCUUCCACCGCAGCUGCUUCUGCAUGUCCUGCUCGCCUCAUCAUCAGCAACUUUUCUCAGGCCAAACUCAAGAAUGUGGUACUGGAGCCUGCUUCGCUCCGAGACCAUUCCCGUCUGGCACCAGAGCUUCUCACUGCCACCCAGUACCGCAAGUGCGAUGAAUUCCAGACCGGAAUACUGAUCUAUGAGAUGCUGCAUCGUCCGAACCCAUUUGAGGAAAGUCCGGAGCUAAAGGAGAGGGAAUACUGCAGCUCUGAUUUGCCCCAAUUGCCCCUACGCUCCCUCUACUCUAAUGGCCUUCAACAACUCGCCACAUUGCUUCUCAACCCUAACCCUUCCGAACGUAUCCAGAUGGCGGAUGCAAGAGCAUGUUUGCAGUGUCUUUUAUGGGGUCCGCGAGAGGACCUGUUUAAUUCGCUGAACCCUGGAGCAGGGACAGUCCAACGACACACUGUCCUGCAGAACUGGCUAGACCUGAAGCGAACACUUAUGAUGAUCAAGUUUGCAGAGCGUUCUUUGGAAUCGGGCUGUGGUGUGAGUUUGGAGGACUGGUUGUGCUGUCAGUAUCUGGCUUUCUCCACCACUGAAUCUCUCAGUAGAGUGAUAAAGAUCCUGCAGCAGCCGCAGGGUGUGCUUAUAUGAUUUUAUGUGCUUGUAUCACGCUAAGGACAUUUGUGCGCUGUACAGAAGUGUGAUUUUUAUUCGAGGAACCUUAUCUUUUGACUUUGUUGGUGAAUUUGUUUGCGUUUGGUUUACUUGUGAUUUGGACUGUGGUGAUAAAUUGAUGCAUUGCGAAUUGAGAAAUGAUUCUGCAUAGUUUCUGAGAUUUUUACGAAAUCAUUGCGAUUUCUCUCUUGAAUCGACUCGGAGCUUAGCUUUAACAAAACGAUGAUGCUUGCAGCCAUACUUGCAUCCAGUUUCUUAGACACGCUACUUAGUAAAAUAAUCAUUCAUGAACGAUUUAAGUGAAUUACAAGAGUUCUCUUAGUGAGCUAUGUUUACAGUAAACUUGUUACAUAAAAUCCGAAGUACAUUGAAUGCUUACAUUGUGCCAAAUGCACAAGCAGUAUAAUUUGUGAGCGUUUGAAUAUGGGAAAACCUAUCCUAGAGCGCCAUCUCCAUUGAAAAGCUAUAAUGCAGCGACAUCUAUUAUUUAUAAUAGAUGCCAUCCGCUGUUAUAAACUAGCCUACAGCACCUCAACUUUUAAAUACUAGACUACAGCGCCAUCUGCUGUUAUAAACUAGCCUACAGCACAUCUGCUUUUAAAUACUAGGCUACAGCGCCAUCUGCUGUUAUAAACUAGCCUACAGCACAUCUGCUUUUAAAUACUAGGCUACAGCGCCAUCUGCUGUUAUAAACUGGCCUACAGCACAUCUGCUUUUAAAUACUAGACUACAGCGCCAUCUGCUGUUAUAAACUAGCCUACAGCACAUCUGCUUUUAAAUACUAGGCUACAGCGCCAUCUGCUGUUAUAAACUAGCCUACAGCACAUCUGCUUUUAAAUACUAGGCUACAGCGCCAUCUGCUGUUAUAAACUGGCCUACAGCACAUCUGCUUUAAAAUACUAGUCUACUGCGCCAUCUGCUGUUAAAAACUAACAUAGAUCGCCAUAAGCUUUUAUAAACUAGCUUAGAGCGACAUUUGCUAUUGAAAACUUGCGUAGAUCGCCAUCCGCUGUUUUAAAUUAGCCUAAAGCACCUCUACUUUUAAAUACUAGGCUACAGCGCCACCUGCUGUUAUAAACUAGCCUACAGCACCUCAACUUUUAAAUACUAGGCUACAGCGCCAUCUGCUGUUAUAAACUGGCCUACAGCACCUCAACUUUUAAAUACUAGGCUACAGCGCCAUCCGCUGUUAUAAAUUAGCCUACAGCACCUCAACUUUUAAAUACUAGGCUACAGCGCCAUCCGCUGUUAUAAAUUAGCCUACAGCACCUCACCUUUUAAAUACAAGGCUACAGCGCCAUCUGCUGUUAUAAACUAGCCUACAGCACCUCAACUUUUAAAUACUAAGCUACAGCGCCAUCUGCUGUUAUAAACUAGCCUACAGCACCUCUACGUAUAAACACUAGGCUACAGCGCCAUCUGCUGUUAAAAACUAGCCUAGAGCACCAUUUGCUAUUGAAAACUAACGUAGAUCACCAUCUGCUGUUAAAAACUAGCAUAGAUCGCUAUAAGCUGUUAUAAACUAGCUUAGAGCGACACUUGCUAUUGAAAACUAGUGUAGAUCGCCAUCCGCUGUUAUAAACUAGCCUACAGCACCUCUACUUUUAAAUACUAGACUACAGCGCCAUCUGCUGUUAAAACCAAGCUCUGAAUUGAUUCCAAAGACAAUCCUGAUGCAUUCCCAAACUCUAAGAAACGCUACACGAAUCAGUUUAUCGUCCCAGCCCGACUUGUGAUACCAUGCAAAGAGUCCGAACAAACCCGUUUACAGGAUGAAAAGUGACAAAGUGAAGUCAUAUUUAACUCCACAGAUAAUGGCACAUUUAUAGAGCUGCUUUUAUAAACAAAGUGAAACUGCAUGAUGUGUGUGCGAGUAUGUUGUGGGUUUAUAAUAGUUAUGCUUUUCGUUCUGCUGUAGGGACUUGUGUUUAUCAGCAGGAAACCACUGAUCCGACAUUAGCGGCAUCAUGAUUUAUGAUUCCAUUUACUCUUGAAACGAUUGGUGGAGUAUUACGUAUCAUCACGUGUUGGAGUUUAUGUUAGGACCCCCAAAACGAGGGUCACAUUAGGUCACCGAAUGAAUGGAUUCGAGUCUAUCAUGCCUUACCUUAUAUGUGUCCGUGUGUGUAUAUAAAUAGAGAUAUUGAUUUAUGGAAAAAGGCAAAAACAUCAUCUUCCAUCUGUCAUUUCACGCAAAUCUUUAACAGAUCCUGAUAUAUCUUACAGAUUAGUUGGAGAGAGUACAGAUUGGAUAUUUUUCUACCACAACAAAAGCACUGUAAAGUUUACCAAAGACACUUUGAACCACACAUUAUUACGCAUAUUUUUUACAUAAGCAAAGAGAACAUAUAAUAUACCCCCCCUUAUAAAGAAAGUGUCCUUAUGUAUCUUAAACGAAUGCAGUUUGGAUCUUCAGCAGCCUUCAAAGUACACCAAACUCGUCCUACUCAAAGUGGAGUCACUCCAGAUUCUGACCGUAGCAUUCACACUUGCAGAAAACACUACGACUUGCUUUUUCGAGACGUAUCAGGAUGAACCUAACCCGAAUAUAUGUGGAGGUAUGUGCAAUCAUUAAAAGCAAGUGUUGACGUUUGUUACAGUAUUAUCGAUGUGCUUAAUGCACUUGAUCUUCUCAGCAUGCUGUUCUUCUUUAUCUUCCAUCCUGUUUCUCUUAAUUGAUGAGAUGCUGAGCGAGGCAUAUGCAAGGGAUAUUCGUUUGUGUGUGUGUGUGAAGCUUUAGUUUGAAGGGACGGCACAUUCUUCAGCAUCGUGUCUUUUGUUGUAGUAUUAUUUUGAGGUGUGAAUGUUUGUGUUUCAGACAAUGGCAAUAUAGAGACGGACUUCAGAGUGAAAUGUGCGACUGCAUCCCAGUUUGUUUACUACCGCAUACUACACACACAGGUAUGUACUUCAGGGGUGAUGGGAGAGAAUAUUCAUGUUUGAAUGCGUUUGCUAAAUUAAUUUUUGUAUUUAAAUGCCAUGUCGAAUUUAAGAUGUGCAGUUUUUUAUUAUUACAACUGUUACAAUCUGCCUUUUUUGUAUGGAGCUAAUAAUAUGCCCAAACAAUCUGAAUUUGAAUUGUGUUCAUUUGAAUUAUUGACAAUUGUAGUUAAAUAAAUCAGAAUUUUUAGAUGUCUUUAAAAAUGGUUUUGAAUUUGAAUUUCAUAACUUGAAUAUUGAACAUCUGAAAUUUUAGACUACUGAAUUUUUCAAGGCAGAAUUUUUUACUGACGCAUUUUGAUCUUCUGAAUUCAUAGACUGCAGAUAUUGGGUUUGUACAGUUUCAAAUUUUCAAGGUGAAGAAAUUCAGAACAUCAAAUUCAAUAUCCUAAAAUUCAAAACCAGAAAGUCAGAUGGUGAAAUUCAGAUUCAGCAGAAAGUAGGUCAGGGGUGAUCAACAUGGAAGAGUAGACGACCACAGAAAAGUCAAACUAAGAAUCACUCACCUCUGCUUGAUUCAUAGUUAUGGACAAGUUACAGGGUGCAAAUUACGAGGGUGAGGAGUUUUGGGGGGUCUGGAAAUAGGUAAAAAUAAAUGUUUUUUUUAUCUACAUAUAGCCUAAUGUAAAAUUAAACUCAUGUAUUUUAGCUUUAAGUAUAUGGAAGGCUGCUUUCAGUUGCAGGUCACAUAGAACAAACAAUAUGUUGAAAACUAGUCAAGUGGCUUUCCCUGUACUCUAUUCACAUAGAGACUUUUCAAAUUAUUUCAUUUUAAAAUCUAUUCAAAUAUAGACUUUAUAACACCUCUUAUGUUGUUACCUUUUGAAACUAAGCUUUAAGCACUUAACAAACGAGGUUAACAAGAAAUUUCUGAGCGAGUCAUUCAUAGUGAGUCACUUAAUUCAUUUAUAAAUGAGCUGAUUCGAAUGAAUCUGAAUGAACAAUUCAGUGACAGAGAGAGAGAUUUGGCGCCACCUAUUGGACAUUUUGGUUUCAGCGUAUUUUAGCCAAAUGUAAUAUUUUUAAAUAUAUGGAAAAAUUCAACCUUGAAAAAUUCAGUUGUCUUAAAUUUCAAAUAUUCAAUAUUCAAGUUAUGAAAUUCAAAUUGAGCAAUUCAAACUUUUAAAGGCAAAUAAAAAUUAAGAUUUAUUUAAUUACAAUUGUCAAUAAUUUAAAUUAACACAAUUCAAAUUCAGAUUGUUUUGGCAUGUUAUUAGCUCCAUAUUUUGUAGCAUAUUUGUGGAUAAUAGUUACUUAAAGGGAUAGUUCACCCAAAAAAUAAUUAACCCAAUUUACUUGUUUCGUCUGUUAAACGCAAAAGAAGAGACUUUGAGAAAUGCUGUAGCUGCCAUCUAUUGACUUCCAUAGUAUUUUUAUAGUGUUUUAAAGAAGUUGAUGGGUGCCAGCUACCAGCAUUCUUCAAAAUAUCUUACUUUGUGUUUAACAAAAGGUUUAAAACCACACGAGAGAGAAUAAAUUAUAUAUUUUUUCAAUUUUUGGUUGAACUAUCCCUUUAAAUUUCAAGUAAAUCACCCUGAUACCUUAUGUAAACUAUGAUUCGAGGCAAACUAUAUCUAAUCUCGCAUACGUAAUGGUAUGCAAAUUGGGAUGCAGAUGUUGUCAUGUUUGUUUUUCUUUUAGGUAUUAAGGUAAAUCACAGAAAGGGAUUUAAUGAUGAUUGAUAGUGUAUGAGAACCGCUUCCUGUGAGGUCAUUGGGUCAAGAAUCUGUCAAUCACACAAAAGGGCGGGACCAUCGGUUAGAAAUAGUUCCUGUUUCAUCAUUAGAGAAAAUACAGGAGUAUAGUGUGUGUGUGUGUGUGUGUGUGUGUGUGUGUGUGUGUGUGUGUGUGUUAGUUGAUGUUUGCAGGUCACACUUUAGAAAUAUGUUAUAUUGAAUUAUAUUUGUAUAUAAUAAUUUUCUGAGUGUAGUUUUAAAUCAUUUUAGCAUUACGAGUCUGUCAGCGAAUGAAUUUGAGUGAGAGAAUGAAAGUGUCAGCAGAUGUCUGUAGUGUGUGUGUGUGUGUGUGUUUUCACUCAUCCAACAUCCGUCUCAUCAGUUUCUUUCACUUCAUUUCACUCAAAUCAUGUAUUUACUGUUAUUUACACGUUUAUUGCCAGUGAUUUCACAGAACGGCUUUUACCUACAACUGCAUAUCUCAUGGUAUUUAGCUCUACAUUACCGAGUUAACUGCUCAUAAUAAAACUAUGAAUAUGUUUUUAAA